CGGCUCGAAACGAAGACUUUGUCUACUUUGCCACCGACGUGCUCGACGAAACCUACCGACCGACCCUGGAUUGACGAACCCAACGACAACCAUGGCGAUUGCCAUGGGAUGGCACAAGCCCGACGAUGUCGUUGGCUCCUCAGGACCCGCCAUCUUUCUCGGCUUGUUUGUCGCUUGCGGCGGUGUGUUGUUCGGUUAUGAUACUGGAGCGAUAAACGGUAUCAUGGCCAUGCGCGCGUUCAAAAACCAGUUUGGAACCGUAGAAUGCGUCGAUGAGAGGAAUCGGCUAGAUAUAUGCACAGACGACUCGGCGAUUCUGGUCGCCAUUCUCAGCGCAGGGACGGUCGUUGGAGCCCUGCUUGCUGCACCCUCGGCCGAUUCACUUGGACGACGGAAUACACUCCUGAUUUCUGUGGGCAUCUUCUGCAUUGGUGCGAUAUGCCAAGUUUGUGCCUCAGCCUUGCCGAUGAUGCUGGGCGGACGAACUUUGGCAGGUCUGGGUGUGGGCUCGAUAUCAGUCAUCGUUCCCUUGUACUUGUCGGAAAUGGCACCGAAAUGGGUCCGUGGAACUUUGGUGUGCGCCUACCAGCUAUCCAUCACAAUUGGUCUCUUCGGCGCAUCGGUCGUCAACAUCCUCACCGAGGGCAUGCAGACCUCCGCUGCCUAUCGCAUUCCGCUGGGGUUGCAAUUCGUGCCGGCACUGGCCUUGACCGGCGUGUUCAUCUUCCUCCCCGAAACUCCACGGUUCCUCAUUAUGAAGGGCCGUCACGAGCUCGCGGGUCAAUCACUCAGCAGACUGCGGCGCUUGGAUAUGACACACCCUGCCUUGGUGGAGGAGUUGCAGGAGAUCAUAGCCAAUCAUCAGUAUGAGAUGUCACUCGGAGCUGAUGGCUAUCGCGAUAUCUUCCGCAAUUCUGCCCACCUGCGGCGACGGACACUGACUGGCUGUGCCCUCCAAAUACUGCAACAACUUACUGGCAUCAAUUUCAUCAUGUACUACAGUACGACCUUCUUCGACGGUGCAGGGGUGCAAAGUCCCUAUACCAAGGCGCUUAUUAUGAACGCCAUCAACGUCGCUUCCACGUUCCCUGGACUCCUCGUUAUCGAGUCGUGGGGCCGUCGAAGACUGCUCAUGGUAGGGGCAGCCGGGAUGGCGACCUGCCAGUUGCUCAUGGCCACUUUCGCUGCGGCUGCCGGCAGGGACUUACAGGAGGCUGCGCAGAUGAUAUUGAUUGUUUUCUGUGCCAUCAACGUCUUCUUCUUCGCGGCGUCGUGGGGUCCGGUGGCGUGGGUUGUCACGUCGGAGAUCUAUCCUCUCAAGGUCCGCGCCAAGGCUAUUUCUGUGUCGACAGCAUCCAACUGGCUGUUCAACUUUGCCAUCGCCUAUUCAAGCCCCUACAUGGUGGGCAAUGGGCCCGGUCAUGCCGACUUUGGAUCCAAGAUUUUCUUUAUCUGGGGGGCAUUCUGCCUAGUGGCGGUGUUUUUCGUCUGGUUCAUGGUGUACGAGACAAGCAAGAUCAGCCUGGAGCAGAUUGACGAGAUGUACGAACGAGUGCCGCAUGCAUGGCGCAGCAAAGAUUUCGAGCCGAGCUGGAGCUUCCAGCAAAUGGUGGACGAAGGGUGGUCGCCGAGCGCUCGCCCCUCGUCGCAGCACGAACUGCAGUCAACGGAAUCGCAAGCCAGCGGCGAAACGACGCUCGGUGAUGCUGCAUCAUCAGCAACCGCCAACCACAGCGAGGGCGCAUCGAGCAACGACAACAGACCCCACGAAAACAAAACCCAACCGGUCAUGGCGGAAGUCGACUUUUCGUACUAGCCCGCCCGGAGCUGCCUGUACUAUGUGACGUUCUUUGAUGACGGAUAUCUUCGCCCAUUGGGAUUUAAUAGCGUUGGAGUUUUCGCGGGAUGGAGUUUUGAGGAAUCGGCCUCCGGAUUGACUGACUUGGGAAUGCCAUUGUUGACAAGACAUGUCGUGAGCAU